AUGGCGAGCUUCAUUGCGGUUCUUGCAUUCACAGCCUCUGUUCAGGCCACCAACUUUACUGAACUGGAGCUCUUCUGGUCCUAUGGCCGUUCUCCUCCCGUAUACCCAUCCCCACCCGGAGCAGGGCUCGGGGACUGGAGCGCCGCCUACGCCCGGGCCAGAGCCGAUGUCGCCAAUCUCACCAACGAGGAGAAAAACAACAUGACAUAUGGAUACGACAGCGAGACUCUGGCGUUUAUCAAUGGCUGCUCCGGUCUCAGUUACGGGGUUGCCUCGAUCGGCUAUCCGGGCAUGUGUCUUUCAGAUGCUGGAAACGGCCUUCGGGGGGCCGAGUGGAGUGCCCAGUUGACGGGCAUCGCCAGUGCCAACGCCGGCCUGGACGUCGCCAUGCCGGACUCGACGUACUGGGAGGGAACCCUGAGCGAGGCCGUGGCCAAUGGCUCCAUGACCCAGGCCCGUCUGGACGACAUGGCCACCAGAGCCAGGGUUUGGCAUGCCAUGCCGUCCGUCAUCGCCAACCUGGGCGGCGACAACGUCGACGCCCGGAACCCAGCGGCCACCCCGACCAUCUUCCAGGGCGCCGUCGAGGGCCAGGUGCUGCUCAAGAACUAUAACAACACCCUCCCAUUGUCCAAGCCCAAGCACAUGGCCAUCUACGGCUACGAUGCGCCCGCCCCGCCCAAGGUCAACCCCCCGGCCAGCAUGGCCUGGUGGAUGGGCGACGAGUCCCUGGGCAUGGUGGACAGCCUUGCCCUCGACAACCUGACCUACCUGACCUCUUUUCCAGAGUCUGCCUAUAACGGCACUUUAAUCGGUGGUGGUGGCUCCGGGGGGGUGUCGCCUCCAUACAUCCACGACCCAUUCUCGGCCCUGAGCGCCCAGGCCCGCCUCGAUGGGACCUAUCUCUCCUGGGACUUUACGGAAUUCAACCCGCUGGUGCCGGUGGGAACAGAUGUGUGUCUUGUUUUGAUCAACGAGUUUUCUACUGAAUCGCGCGAUCGGCCGGGGCUCGCAGACCCUGACUCGGAUGCCCUGGUGGAAACCGUCGCCAGCCAGUGUCCCAACACCGUCGUGGUGAUUCACAAUGCCGGGAUUCGCUUGGUGGAUGCCUGGAUCGACAAUGAAAACGUCACGGCAGUGCUUCUCAGCCAUCUCCCCGGCCAGGACACCGGCGCGGCCUUGGUGGAGGUCUUGUAUGGCCGUCAGUCCCCCUCAGGGCGGUUGCCCUAUACCAUUGCCAAAAGGGCGUCUGAUUAUGGUGCCUUGUUGGCUCCGACAAGACCCAGUGCCACCUCAGACUAUUAUACUCAAGGUAUGUCAACUAUACCGAAGGCAUUGAUAUCGACUACCGCUAUUUCCAUCGCCCACAACAUCACGCCGCAGGUUGAAUUCGGAUACGGUCUGACCUACAGUACCUUUUCAUAUUCAGACAUUGCUGUGUCCGUGUCCAAUGCCUCUCUUCCAGCGUAUGCGCCAGGCACAGAAAUCCAGCAGGGCGGAUUACCCUCGCUGUGGAAUGUGGUUGCUUCCGUCGCCUGUACCAUCACCAACACCGGCAGCGUCACGGCGGCUGAAGUCCCGCAGCUGUACGUGGGCAUUCCAGGCGGGUCGGAGAAGACUCUCCGCGGGUUUGAUAAAGUCAGUCUUGCCCCCGGCGAACUCACUCGGGUCCAGUUUGACUUGAAGAGACGGGAUCUCAGCGUGUGGGAUGUUGUCGGCCAGCAGUGGGAGCUGCAGUCAGGGAUAUACAAUGUCUAUGUGGGGGCAAGUGUAUUGGAUAUCAAAUUGACCAGCUCUUUGUCUCUUAGCACAGAGUACUGA